AUGGAAAGAACUCUUAUCUGGACUUUAUUAUUUGUAGUUACGAUCCACGGUGAGAAAAUGAAUCCAGUUUAGGUCUUUUAGGAGAUGUUCGACCUGUUCUUGAUGAGUCUGUUAGAGAAUAAUCACAAUUUCUAUCACUGCAGGAGUUUGGAGUGAGAUCAAACUGGAGCAGACUCCCUCUGAGGUGAAAAGACCUGGAGAGACAGUGAGGAUGUCAUGUGUCAUAUCUGGGUUUAGCAUGACCGACGACUAUAUCCACUGGAUACGCCAGAGGCCAGGGAGAGCUCUGGAGUGGAUUGGGAGGAUGGAUGCAGGUUCAAACUCUGCUAGCUAUGCCAGCUCCUUCCAGAGUCGCUUCAGCAUGACUGAAGAUGUGCCCAGAAGCACUCAGUACCUCCAGGUUCAGGGGCUGACAGCAGAAGAUUCUGCUGUUUACUUCUGUGCUCGAAGAGACACAGUGAGAGAAGAGAGCGGAGCAGCUGCUCAAAAACCUCCACAGACAAACACCAGAGUUCAGGUUUACAGUCCUCAGAGACGAAGCAGACAGCAGCUGUACCUGAAUGAGAUCAGUCUGAGGACUGGAGACUCUGCUGUUUAA